AAUUGAUAAUCGUUACACGGGGAUGAUAUUAAAUAUUUUCAUAUUCUAACCUGAUCAGAUGACAAAAAUGAUCAAACUGCACGUAGAAAACAUCCAUGACAUAACUCCCGAGGACGGUCACGUCGCCGAGAACUGUCCGGAGAAAAGCGCCGAUGGUUCGUGCGCCUUGGAAACCUGCGAUCCCGGUACCGGAAUCGCGGUGCUGAAUUCCGCGGACGUAGAAGACGAACGGGUGCCCAGUUCAGGUGGAAACGCCGAGGAUGGAAAUUCUUCUGGGAUAACGGUCGACGAGAGCAGCACAGCUCCAGGAAACGACGGGACUAUAAACGAAAAAUGUUUUAUAAAUAUCUUGGACCCCGGAGAAGAUCUCGUCACCGAGAACUGCUCGAAAAGAAGCGCCGAUGGUUCGUGCGCCAUGGAUGCCUACAUUCUCGAUACCGGAAUCACGGUGCAGAGUUCUGCGACCGUAGAUGACGAACUGGUGCCUAGUCCAGGUGGAAACGCUGAGGAUGGGAAUCCUUCUGGAACGACCGUCAACGAGUGUAGAGCAGUGGUAGUAAACAAAACCCGAGCACUAGCCAAUAUGAUGUCAUUGUCGGUUCAAGAACCGGCACGGAACGUUUUGACUGCAGAUGUUUGCCCGUUCUACAUUGAUUUUUCUCGGAGCAGUUGGCCCAUUCGUACACUUCUGAUAUGGAAGCCGAUGGCGGACUGUGGCGAUUCCAAGAUUGCACUGCGCUUGCCACACCGCCGAACCAAAGCGGAUAGAUACAAAAGAUGUGAAAUCACCCAGGAAAUGCCAUUGGAGUAGUUACCGGUAUUCUUGUUAUAUUUUACUCGUUCUUAUUUUGUUCGAAA